AUGGCCCAUCCUGGCACGGUGGAGAGACCAAUCAUCAUGGCGUCAGAGAAAACUACCUGCAUGUCUACGAUUUCCCUAACAGCAUAUAAGGACAUCUCCCCUGCGGGUAACAGGCUCAACAAAUCAGUUUGGUAGCUGUCUUGUGUGUCUCAUAUAUGUUAUGUUGGGAAGGUGUAGACGAAUGAUGUUGGGUACUGUUGGGUAGUCGGGCGGUUUGUGUGUCGCACCCUGUUAGUUGUACGACAUGCAAUCUCCAUCAGUUUACAAACGUGUUCUCAGUUUGGUAUGCAUAUUUGCGGAGUUGUUUCCACCUCUAUCAUAGAAAAGAGUC